AUGGGUUGUGCUCAAUCCAAGAUCGAGAACGAAGAAGCCGUUACUCGCUGCAAAGAGCGAAAACAGUUCAUGAAAGAGGCCGUCUCUGCUCGUAACGCUUUCGCCGCCGCACACUCAGCUUACGCCAUGGCUCUUAAGAACACCGGAGCUGCUCUCUCCGACUACACUCACGGCGAAUUUCUAGUCUCCGGUCACUCUUCCUCAUCCGCCUCCGCGAUCGCUCAUUCCGCCUCCGUCCCCACCGGUGGUUUAUCUCCUCCUUCUUCCGCCGCCGCUUCUUCCUCCUCCGCCUCCGCCGCGAUCCCUCAGCCUCUUCCCGAUACUCUCCCACCUCCUCCUCCUCCCCCUCCGCUGCCUCUCCAGCGUGCUGCUACCAUGCCGGAGAUGAACGGUAGAUCCGGUGGUCCGUCUGGUAAUGGACUCAACGGGAUUGAAGAAGACGGAACCCUAGACGACGAAGACGACUCCAAAUUCGAGAAUCAUGACCGUUUGGUUAGGAAAUCGAAAAGCCGUGGAGGUAGCAAUAGAGGUAGGACGAUGAUUGAGGAUCACCAGGAAGCUCCUCCUCCUCCUCCUCCGCAACCCGUGGCGGCGAAUUCAAGGCCGCCGAUUCCACCGCCACGUCAGCAGCAGCCACAAGAGCAUUUCGUCUACGAUUACUUCUUCUCGAGUGUUGAGAACAUGCCUGGAACCACUCUAGAGGAUACUCCUCCUCCUCCUCCGCAACCACAACCACAAGCAAAACCUGCGCCUCCUCAGCCAACUUCACCAUCCACAGAGGAGGAGGAAGAAGAAGUAUCAGAAGAGGAGGAGGAGGAGGAAGAGACGGUGGUUGAACGGAAGCCACCGGUGGUGGAGGAAAGGCCGAAGAGAGUAGAGGAAGCGAGUGUGGAUUUGGAAAAAGCUGCUAAUUUGAGAGGGAUGAAGAAGAGCAAAGGGAUUGCGAUCGCCGGAGAUAGGAGAGGAGGAGGGAAACCGACGGUUACGUUUUUGGUGAAUGUGUUCACUGAGCUUGAUGAUAAUUUCUUGAGAGCUUCUGAGAGCGCUCACGAGGUUUCCAAGAUGCUUGAAGCCACCAGGCUCCAUUACCACUCUAAUUUCGCAGAUAACCGAGGACACAUUGAUCACUCUGCUAGAGUAAUGCGUGUAAUCACAUGGAAUAGAUCGUUUAGAGGAAUGCUAAAUACUGAUGAUGGGAAAGAUGAUUUCGAUUCCGAAGAGAAUGAAACUCAUGCUACUGUUCUUGACAAAUUGCUAGCUUGGGAGAAAAAGCUCUACGACGAAGUCAAGGCAGGUGAGCUCAUGAAGAUCGAGUAUCAGAAAAAGGUUGCUCAUUUGAACCGUGUGAAGAAGCGAGGUGGUCACUCGGAUUCGUUGGAGAGAGCGAAAGCAGCGGUUAGUCACUUGCAUACAAGAUACAUAGUCGAUAUGCAAUCAAUGGACUCCACAGUUUCAGAGAUCAAUCGUCUUCGAGAUGAACAACUAUACGUAAAGCUCGUCCACCUUGUCGAGGCGAUGGGGAAGAUGUGGGAAAUGAUGCAAAUGCACCAUCAAAGACAAGCGGAGAUCUCAAAGGUUUUGAAAUCGCUAGACGUUUCUCAAGCGGUGAAAGAAACAAACGAUCACCACCACGAACGCACGAUCCAGCUCUUGGCCGUGGUGCAAGAAUGGCACACGCAGUUUUGCAGGAUGAUUGAUCACCAGAAAGAGUACAUAAAAUCCCUCGGCGGAUGGCUAAAGCUGAACCUCAUUCCUAUCGAGAGCACGCUCAAGGAGAAAGUAUCUUCUCCUCCACGAGUUCCUAAUCCCGCGAUCCAGAAACUCCUCCACGCUUGGUACGACCGGUUAGACAAGAUCCCUGACGAAAUGGCGAGAACCGCGAUCAUCAACUUCGCGGCGGUGAUAAGCACGAUAAUGCAGCAGCAAGAGGAAGAGAUCAAGCUGAGAGACAGAUGCGAGGAGACGAGGAAAGAGUUGGGGAGAAAGAUCAGACAGUUUGAGGAUUGGUAUUAUAAGUACAUGCAGAAGAAAGGACCGGAGGGGAUGAUGAAUGAGGACGGGACAGAAGCGGAUAACGACCAUAAAGAUGAGGUCGUUGUGAGGCAAUUCAAUGUGGAGCAGAUUAAGAAGAGGUUGGAAGAAGAAGAAGAAGCUUACCAUAGACAAAGCCAACAAGUUAGAGAGAAGUCGUUGGCUAGUCUUCGGAGUCGUCUUCCGGAGCUUUUUCAGGCAAUGUCCGAGGUUGCGUAUUCGUGUUCUGAUAUGUAUAGAGCGGUUGCGUAUGUGACUCAGCGGCAAAGCGAACGGCAUCAGAAGACUAGCCAGGGACAAGGACAGGGACAGAGUUCGCAAGGAGUGAUGUCUUAA